UCGGUGAUAUAUAAACAGGCUGAUGCUGGUUCUUUUGGCAAUAUAUGUAGAUGUAAAGCAACUCUGAUCGGAAAGUCAAGCGGUGGUGUCGAUUAGAACGUUUCCGUUGUUCGUCAUCCCCAAUCCGAAACGGUCACUCCACUCUUUAAUUCGUCCUCUCUCCCUUCAUUCAGCCAUGAGUCUCUUCGGUCUGGGCAGGUAUUCUUCAGUUCAGAUUUAAGGAUGAUGAUAGCGUGGGGUUUGGUGUUUGGAAUGCUAUUUUCGCAAAGAUUGAGCUACUUCCUCCAAACGGGAAAAAAAUUGACGAGACCACUGAGGCUUAUCAGUUCUGUGGGAAUGAAGCAUAAACCACUUGGAACCAAAGGACAUUUCGGCCGAAGAAAAGUGCACCAUCAGGGAGUAAGGGGGCACAGCUAAGGAAGCACAUUGAUGCAACAUUAGGUAGUGGAAACCUCAGGGAAGCAGUAAGACUUCCUCCCGGAGAGGAUCUUAAUGAAUGGCUAGCUGUCAACACUGUGGACUUCUUCAACCAGGUGAAUUUGCUUUAUGGUACCCUCACAGAGUUCUGCACUCCAGACAACUGUCCCACAAUGACUGCAGGCCCCAAAUAUGAGUAUAGAUGGGCUGACGGCGUACAAAUUAAGAAACCAAUUGAGGUUUCUGCUCCGAAAUAUGUUGAGUACCUGAUGGACUGGAUUGAGUCUCAGUUGGACGAAGAAUCUAUCUUUCCUCAGAGGCUGGGUGCUCCUUUUCCUCCCAACUUCAGGGAAGUUGUAAAGACCAUAUUCAAACGCCUGUUUCGGGUCUAUGCUCAUAUCUACCAUUCUCACUUCCAGAAGAUUGUGAGCCUGAAAGAGGAAGCCCAUCUAAACACAUGUUUUAAGCAUUUUAUACUCUUCACCUUUGAAUUUGGGCUGAUUGAGAAGAAGGAGCUGGCUCCACUUCAGGAGCUUAUUGACUCGAUCAUUGUCCCGUACUGAACUGUGUUCUGGACUUGGGCAUGGAGAACCAACUUUUGAAUAAUAUGGUGAUGUAAUGAACUAAUGUUAACUAGUAAUUGCCUGUGGAGUUUGUCUGAGAUGAUUGAUAAUUACUAAUCCCAGUUAAGUGCCUAUAUGUUUUAAGUGUA